GGGAAGAAAAAAGCAAAUGAGUGCCAACUCACAUACGUCGUCGUCGCAUUUUUGUCCGCGUCUCUCUGCUCUCUCCGACUUCGAAACCUCAAAACCCUCACUCCGAUCGGUAAGCUACUUCACUUCGUAUUUCCACCACCAUCUCCGCCGUAAAACUGGUUUCUUUUCCGGCCGACUGACGAAAUCCAAGUCGCGUUUAGAUAAGCCGGAAAGCUGCUUUUAAUUGCGGACUGAAAUGGCGGAAGAAGAAGGAGAACAACGGGGGAUUGAGCAGCAGCUGGAGCGCGCCGUCUGCUCUCGACUACAGCAUUUUAAAGACCAAGCAGAUUCAUUGACGUUGGAGUCGGUUAGGAGACUGUUAGAGAAGGAUUUGGGCCUUGAGAAAUUUGCACUGGAUGCCCACAAGAGAUUCAUUCGGCAGUACUUGGAAAAGAAAAUGGAUGGAGCUGAUGAUUCCAACCCCAAAACAGCAACUGAGAAUGUGGACAAAGAUAUGCAUUUGAAUAAAGAAGAAACGACAAUAUUGUCUAAAAAGCAUGAGGAAAAGAAUGAUCCAAAAAGAUCUGGAACUGGAGACGAGGAAAUGACGGAAGACUCCCCCAUAAUGGGUGUCUUAACCCCAAAAUCUGAAGUUGCCACUCAAGGAUCUUCUGUGAGCGAGAACAGGAUUCAGAAGGCCAUUUGGGAUAGAGCUGAUCAUUUUUCGUCUAAUUCAGAGAAUUUGACUUUGGCUGGAGUUCGUCGACUUCUAGAGGAGGAUCUUGGACUUGAUAAAAACACCCUUGAUCCAUUUAAAAAGUUUAUAAGUCAACAAAUAGAUCAGGUAUUAAAUUCACCAAAAGGAGCUAAAUCUGCAAAAGACAUUAAGAAGAAAACCUCUGCGAACUUGAAAAGCAAAAAAUCUAAGAAGACCAGCAGUGGGGAAGGGUCUGAGUCUCCAGGUAGUGAAAGUGAUGAGAUGGAACAUAAAGUGAAAUCAAGAAAGGAAGCUGCUUCUAGAAGAAACACUAAGAAAUCGGAGCAGCCAAAGAAACGAAAAAUCUCUAAGGAGAGUGAUCUUGAUGUCUCUGGCAAGAAGCAGAGCAAGCUUGCAAAGAGGCAAAAGGAGGAAGACAAUGAUUCUGAUGAGGAUGGAGGCCUAUCUGAAGAUGGUCAAUCUCAAUCAUCUAUUGAAAAACCAGCACAGAAGAAAGAAAAAUCAGCUCCAGGAUACGGGAAACAGGUCGAGAAUCUGAAAUCAAUAAUCAAAGCGUGUGGAAUGAGCGUUGCUCCUUCCAUUUACAAGAAAGCUAAGCAAGUGCCAGACGGCAAACGAGAAGCCUUUAUAGUGAAGGAGUUAGAGGGGAUUCUCUCAAGAGAAGGGCUAUCUAAGAAUCCCACAGAGAAAGAAAUCAGAGAUUGUAAGAAGCGAAAGGAAACUGCCAGAGAACUUGAAGGCAUUGACAUGAGCAACAUUAUAUCCAGUUCGCGAAGAAGGUCAACAUUUACUUUUGUUACUCCUGAGAAACCUGGAAAUCGUGCUAAAAAAGACAAGGUUGAUGCGAAAGACAGUAAAAACAAAGACAGCAAUGACAAGGAUCACAAUGGUGACAGUAAAGGGGAGAAGGAGAAGGAGGAAGAGAAAGUUGAGAAGGAGGAGAAAGAGGAGAAGGAGGAUGAAGAGGAGGAGGAGGAGGAGGCGGUGGAAGAAGAAGUAGAAGAUGAUGAUGAGGAAGAGGAAGAGGAAGAGGAAGAUGAUGAAAGUGAAGAAUUUAAUGAAGGUGAUGAUGACGAGAGUGAUUGAAUGCUAGCAGGCCUGAAGAUGACUGUAACUAUUCUUUGAAGUUGUAUAAUUAUAGAGAAGUGACGGUGUACAAUUAGUUUCUGUACCUUCACUAGUUUUAUUCUUAAGUUGAGGUAAUUAUUUUUUUGUGGAGCCUUCAUGUAAUCCUCAUACUUAAACAUCUAUAGUAUGACUUGGGGGGACAAAGUAAAAGUGAGUUGCUUCAUACAGUGUCAGUUUGUCAACUAUGUUCUGGAAUGUCUCAUGGGUUUAGUCUAUAUGUUGUAAAGCUAGGUAUUAGACACUAGGACUGUGUAUGUGCUUGUGCGGAAUAAUUUCUUCAUUUCCAGUCAAAAUUUUUGCUAAUGAUCCUGCUGUUGAUGCAGUUGAUCAUUUUGUCAUAGCUUA